AUGGUGAGCUCAAGAGGGAUUGGCAUACGGAAAACCAGCAAUGACUUUCAAAAAGUUGAAAACUAUCAAAAAAUUGCGGAAUCGUUUUUCGUUUUUGACGAAGUGCAGAAAGAUUCAUUUCGUCCUCAAGUCUUGAAAAACUCACGCCAAGGUCAUCAUUCAGCCGCCUACGGUGGACUAAUUUUUUCGCAAGCCCUGGCCGCGGCCGAGAAAACUGUUGACUCCGUUUUUCGGCCGCAUUCUGUGCAUUCAUAUUUUAUUUUGAAUGUGGAUACAAAAGAGCCAAUUUUUUACAAUGUGCGCAGGAUUCGCGAUGGGCGGUCAUUCGCAACCAGAACUGUUGAAGCUGUUCAAAAAGAGAAAAUAGCGUUCACACUCCAGGUUUCUUUUCAUGUGGAAGAGAAUGAAGCGGUAUCUCAUCAAAGCAAUAUGCCCGAUGUGUUACCGCCUGAGCAAUUUAUGAGCAUGCGUGAAGCUGUGCCACAUUUAAAAGAAUUAGUCGAAAAAGGGGAAAUUGUCCCAACAGAGCCGGUUGUUCGAAGGCUAAAAAAAUAUGACAGUCAGGUUUAUACCGCCGAAGAAGAUCUUUUUGAAAUGCGAUGUGUCAACUUGGAAAAAUACUACGGAUUGGAUGACGAUCGCGAACCGCGAAUGCACUUUUGGAUGAGAGCUCGCGGAGAUUUGAAUGACGACGAGAAGCUUCAUAGGUGGCUCGUUGCAUAUAACACAGAUUCGACAUUGAUAUCAACAGCCGUUGGACCACAUUACGCAAAAAAUUUCAUGUCAUCUAUGAUGUUUUCGCUGGACCAUUGCGUAUGGUUCCAUCGAAUCAAUAUUCGCGCUGAUGAAUGGCUUCUGUUUGAGACGAAAUCACACAUUGCAGCUGGCGGACGAGCAUUCAUCGAUGGCAAAGUUUGGAGGCGCGAUGGGACCUUGAUGAUCAGUGUUCAUCAAGAAGCUCUCAUACGAUCAAAAGGGGAUACUUCUCGAUUAUAA